CCUCAACAUCAUCAUUACAAUGGCUCCUACGAUUGUCCUCAUCCGCCACGCUCAGGCUCUUCACAACGUAGCUCAAGAAUGGUCACUGCCGGAUCCUCCGCUCACGGAGAAGGGUGAAGAGCAAUGCGCUCAUCUGAGAGAGAACUUGAUCUCUACGUUCUCUGAUAAGAUUGGCAAUGUGGAUGAUGUAGCUAUUGUUGUUAGCCCUAUGCGGCGUACGCUGCAGACUGCUAUGCUUUCGUUGGAUUGGCUUGUUGAUCGGGGUGUUAAGAUUGAGGGCAAUGCAGAUUGGCAAGAAAACUCUUCAAAGCCUUGUGAUACUGGAAGUCCCAUCUCCUCCGUCUCGCCAUCCUUCCCAAAAGUAAACUUCUCCCCCGUCGAUCCUCUCUGGCCAGACAAGACAUCUCCAGCUGCAGAGCGAUACUGGUACACCAAGAAAUCCAUCCUUGCUCGUGGUCAGCGUGCACUAGAGGAUCUGAAGAAAAGGCCUGAGAAACUCAUCUUUGUGGUGUCGCACUCUGGGUUUUUGAGAUUGGGGGUCGUGGGUUAUUGGUUCUUUAAUAGUGAUUAUCGUGUUUUUGACUUUGAUGGGGAGGGGGUUAAACAGCAGGAGGGGACGAUGGCGGGAGGCUUGGGAUUGUCGAUUACGGAGCCCGUUGCGCUGGGGCUGGAUUUGCCGGAGGAGGAUCCUGAUCAGGAUGUUGAUGCUAAGGAGUAGAUGUGAUGUGCCAUUGAUAGACUCACAUCACGAGAUAAAGGCUAUCACAUAGAUUCAGACACAUGAACUUAACAUCAUAGA